AGAGGGAGAGAGAGGGAGAGAGCGCGAGCGAGCGAUAACUGACAAAGAAUGAUGAUCAUCGAGCCAUCGAUCGCUGUCCGAUUUACCUACGCUUCCGCCACUCGCUCCCCCGCCGCCGCCGCCGGAUUUCGUACUCUCUCUUUACACACACAACACGCAUUUUCUCUCUCUCUCUAAAACAGUUACUAUCUCUUAUAAAAGAUCACUGUGGAGUGCCGAUGAUGUAAAUGCAGCAGGUUCCGUUGCUUCGUACCAGCUUGCAUGUACGUGCGGUUUCGAAGCUCCGUGGAUAAGACGUCAAAAAUACACUGGCACUCCAUUCAUAAAAAGGAACAAAUAUGUAAAGAAUAGAAUUCGAGUAUCAUCAGAGAAUCUGGGCUCGCCUCAGGAUCCUGUCAAGAAAGAUGAAAAGUCAUCCUAUCAUCCAUUUGAAGAAAUUGCCAUGUCAACAUCUGAGAAUACUGAAGAUGCUAGGCUUACAGCAGCAGAAACAAGUAGAACAAUUAUUGAGGUUAACAGCAAAGCAACACUGAUGUUCACAAGUGUGAUUAACGAUGUGGUUCAUGAAAAUGUUGUUUGGCCAGAUAUGCCUUAUUUGACUGAUGAUCGAGGAAAUAUAUACUUCCAGGUGAAGAACAGUGAUGAUGUUUUGCAAUCUCUAACUUCAGAGAAUAAUUUUGUGCAAGUUAUUGUUGGUGUGGAUGCCAUGGAAAUGUUGUCUGAGAUGGACUUAUCAGGUCCCUCAGAAAUUGGUUUUGGGAUUGAAGAAAUUGAUGAUCAAGAUACUGAUGAUACAGAUGACAGUGAUGAAGAGGAUGAAGAUGAGGAUGAGAAUGAAGAAUAUGAUUCGGAAUGGGUGACUGUUGUUUCCGACAACGAUGAGCAAGAAGAUGCAGAUGAAACACUUGAAGACUGGGCAAAGUUGGAGACUAUGCGCUCUUCUCAUCCAAUGUAUUUUGCCAAAAAAUUGGCUGAGAGUGCUUCUGAUGAUCCAAUUGAUUGGAUGGAGCAGCCUCCAGCUUGUGUAGCUAUCCAAGGGGUUAUAAGACCUGCUUUUAUUGAAGAACAUUCUACAAUACAAAAGCAUCUAUCUACCAAUCAAUCAGAUAAUUCUGACAUAACUGAAUCUGUGAAGGGGGAAAUCGGUGUUAUUAAUGGUCAUGUGCAUAACUCAAUGUCAUCUAAAGAUAAUACGGCAGAACAGGUGGAGAAUAAUGAGAAUAGUGAUUUGCCUUUCAAUGAGACUUCAUUUUACAAAUUGGAGAUGAUUAAGAUUCAAGUGAUUUCAGCACAUGGACAUCCUACCGACGUUGAAAUAGAAGACUACGGCAGAGCUCAACCUGAUGCUCUUGCACACUCAGCCUCCAAAAUAAUAGCUCGUUUGAAAGCUGAUGGGGAAAAGACCUUACAGGCCUUUAAGUCCGUGUGUUGGAGAUACAAGAGUAUCCAAGUAGAGGAGGCACAACUUAUUUCUGUAGACUCCCUUGGGUUUGAUCUAAGAGUUUGUUCAGGAACUCAAGUUCAAACCCUGAGAUUUACAUUCAAAAAGAGGGCCACUUCAGAGUACAGUGCAGAGAGACAACUCAAUGAAUUAUUAUUUCCUAUAAAUCACCCAAAAGCUGCAAAAAACGAAGCACCCCCCUCCAAAUAAAAGCCGAAAUCUUCUGAUUAUCUCGAGUAAGUUUUGUACUUGUAUGCCUAUAUGCCAUUGGCCAAUGAUUGUGUAAAGAAGUAAAGGCCAGCCAAUGCAUACGGAGCAAAUCAGGUGAUGUAAUUUUGUAUCGCAUUUAAUUGUUUUAAAGUAAUUAUUUUUCACAGUUGUUUCCUAAUCUAUUCAACAUUCUUUUACAAAAGCAUAUUAUGUGCACACAAAAUCAGCCACCAUCACCAUAUAUUUAUGUAUAAAUAGUUAAAUACAUGUAUUGUUUAACUUAUUUUUUAUAUUUUAACAUAUUUUAUACUGUGGAUGUAUUUUGAUGUACACAUUCACUGAAGAUUAGACAGAAAACGUAAGCAACACGAGAGAUUAGACAGAAUAUAAGCUAAAUGUAUAAUUUAUUUUUUAAUUAUAAUGCCAUAUUGCCAUGAUCAAUUCAGUGGCACACACGGAAGUGAAAACCUUGAAAGUUGAAACUCUUUCAUUUACAAACGCCAAAAUUCGGGCAAUUUACUUAAAUGAAAUAAACGGAUGAAAUUUUUACGCAAUUACAACACUUCAGAAGUAUUUAUCUUUGUAUCCUUUUAUAAUUCUAUGUAAUCCGUGAAACCUUUCACAUUAUAGCCUUUACACACAAGGCACUUGAGAAUUGUUUAUCUUUGUGUCCUUUUACAAUUCUAUGUAAUCUGUAGGAACUUUUCACAUUAUAGCGUUUACACAUAAGGCGAGCCUUUACACACAAGGCACUUGAGAAUUGUUUAUCUUUGUGUCCUUUUACAAUUCUAUGUAAUCUGUAGGAACUUUUCACAUUAUAGCGUUUACACAUAAGGCGAG